CGUUCCGCUAAAUUAAGUCCUAGCCUAGUGCACAUGCUAAGGAAGAAGCCAUCAAUCUUCUCUUCCUCUCUCUCUUAUCUUUCCCCUAAAUCCAUCCAAACUUGACUAGUUCCGCACCAGCCACGCUUUGAUCCUUAGUCAUCUCUCACUCUGCUCAGCCACUGCUCCAGCCACAGAUUCUCGGCUUCUAAAUCGCCUCGCAACCAUUCCAAAAUAGAACCGAGGGUGCCCGCGGGUUGCAACGGGCCAUGAUGGAGGGGGACCGCAAACGCAGCCGAUUCGGCAGUUGGGCUAGAGAUCCCCAACCGUUUUCCGGUCCCUGAAAGAACUAUUUGAUUAUUCUUGGGGAAAAUAAACAAGGAGAGACCCAAAUCAUCAAUUGACUUCAUCUCUUCGCUUCUCGUGCUUGAUUCUCUUCCUGGACCUUGGCUACGCGGAUAACCAUCUCGAUUCUCGAAGACGAAAGACACGGACGCCAUGGGGGAGUCUAUCGACCGCGACAAUGCCUUCGUAGGCGUCACUCCCAAGGCAAAGGAGCUCUGGAGACACGCUGAGCCUGCCUCGACGCCCAUGUGGCAGUUUCUCCAGACGGUCAAUCAGAAGCACAAUCUGCAUCUCACCGGAUACCCAGACCUGUACAAGUGGUCUGUCGACAAUGUCGCCCAGUUCUGGGACGAGGUGUGGCAGUUUGUCGGCAUCGUCUCAUCCCAGCCAUACUCACACGUCCUGCCGGCUGAUGCGCCCAUGUUCCCUCGUCCCGACUUCUUCGCCGACUCUCGCCUCAACUUUGCCGAAAACCUCCUCUUCCCUCCCACGGACAAGCCUCUUGACCCUUCCUCCACCGCCGUAAUCACCACCACCGAACUCCCUGGCGACUUGCGAUCAACCACCUGGGCUGAGCUGCGCGAGUCGGUCCGCCAAUGCGCCAAUGCUUUGCGAGCCGAAGGCCUGAAGCCUCACGACAUUGUCGCGGGUUAUGUAUCCAACCAUGUAGAGGCUGUGGUUGCGAUGUUGGCGGCUGCUUCUCUCGGCGCGAUAUGGACGGGCAUCAGCCCUGACAGCGGCGUUUCUGCCGUGUUGGACCGAUUGAGCCAGAUUGGACCUCGCAUUCUGUUCGCCGACAACGGAACAGUGUACAAUGGCAAGGAGUGGUCGAGCACAUCCAAGACAACAGACAUUGCCGCGGAGCUUAGCAAGAUGGGCCUGCAAAAGGUCAUUGUCAUCAACAACAUCAAGGGCGAUCUGGGCAUCAAGGAAAUCGAGGCUCACGGCAUCGCAGCUGUUGAAUACCAAAGCUUCCUCUCCAGCGCCUCAUCAGAUGGUCUUACAUUUGAACAGCUGCCGCCAUCACACCCCCUCUACAUCCUCUACUCAAGCGGUACCACAGGUCUCCCCAAGGCAAUCGUACACACUGCACUGGGAACACUUAUCCAGCACAAGAAGGAGCACAUGCUGCACUGCUCCCUGACCUCGUCUUCGAGCAUGCUCUACUACACAACCACUUCUUGGAUGAUGUGGCAUUGGAGUGUCGGAGCGCUUGCUGUCGGAGCCAAGCUGAUUCUGUACUCGGGGUCACCUUUCCGACCCAACUCACACAUGUCCAUUCCCCGCGUGUUGUCAGACCUCAAGGUGACCCAUUUCGGCACCUCAGCAGCCUACCUCACAGCAUUGGAGGCCAAUGGAGUCUAUCCUGUUCGUGAUUCAAGCAUUGAUUUAUCCCACCUGGAAGCCAUAUACUCUACAGCGUCACCACUGCCGCCGUCCACCUUUUCUUUCGUAUACGAAGCCUUCCCGAAGACCAUUAAUCUUGCCUCCAUCACUGGCGGCACCGACAUCAUCUCUCUAUUCGGCGCUCCUUCUCCUCUCCUCCCCGUUCGCGUCGGCGAAAUCCAGUGUGCCGGCCUCGGAAUGGCCAUCAAGGCCGUCGACUCCGUCACUGGCGAGGAUGUUCUUGCAGGAGAGCCUGGCGACCUGGUUUGCGUCAAGCCCUUCCCCUGCCAGCCUUUGACUUUCUUUGGCGCCAAAGGUGACGACAAGUACAGGGCCGCCUACUUUGAGCGUUUCGAGGACGUGUGCGGCGUCAAGGGUGCCGUGUGGCAUCACGGCGACUUUGUCAAAAUUCCUGACCCUAAGACGGGCGGCCUGCUCAUGUUGGGCAGAUCCGAUGGCGUCCUGAAGCCGGCUGGCGUGAGGUUCGGUUCAGCCGAGAUUUACAACAUCUUGAUCCGGUUCUUUGCAUCCGAGGUUGAGGAUGCCGUCUGUGUAGGGCGCCGACGAGCAACGGACACGGACGAGACAGUUUGCCUGUUUGUUGUUCCGACACCCGGUCACGAGUUCAACGACGACCUGAGAAAUAGGAUCAAGCAAAAGAUUAAGAGCGAGCUCAGCCCGCGUCAUGUUCCAGGCGUGGUGGAGGAGUGCGGAGGCGGCAUCCCCAAGACGGGCAACGGCAAAAAGAUCGAGGUUGCCGUGAAGCAGAUUCUUUCGGGCAUGAGCAUCAAGACGAACGCUAGUGUCGCAAACCCCGAGGCUCUGGAGUGGUUCAAGGAAUGGGCAAAGACGCAUUAAUGGGAUUGAAGCAUGAUAUAAGUUGGAUUCUGGUUUGAACCGUAGCAUGAUGAGCAAAGAGGAGAUAGAGACGGCGAGUCCCUUCCGGGACCAGCUUAAUAGUAUACCAAGAAGAAGAGCUGGAUGAACUAGAGCGUUGGAUAUGGAAUUGAGGGAACAAUGAUGGAUGAUAUAACAUGCUCAAAUUGAGGACAUCUCAAACACAGAGACCGCCUUGCUGAAUGGCAUAUUUAUUGUCUUUGAGAGAGUCAAUUGACUUUUGAACCGCGAGUCUCGGCAGAUAAAAGCCA